AUGCCAAAGACAUCACCUUCAUUGUCCGAUCUCCUACCACCCCUCAUAUGUGGCUCAGCCACCUUCAAUGACCAAUAUAACCCAGAUCCAUACAAGCUUCCAACCACAGGUAUCGUACAUCGCGCCCUGUCCCUCGGCGUACGUGCCUUUGAUACAUCUCCUUACUACGGCCCUGCCGAAGAGCUGCUCGGGAAAGCUCUCGAUACGCCCUUCGUGUACCAGAAUUUCCCUCGACGAGAUUACUUCCUACUCACCAAAGUGGGACGCAUUGCAGGCUCAGAAUUUGACUACUCCCCACAAUGGGUACGGCGCAGCGUGAAGCGCAGCCUCGAGAGUCUGCGAACAAAUUACCUUGAUGUGGUCUAUUGUCAUGAUGCCGAGUUCGUAACGCCAGGGGAAGUGCUUAAAGCAGUGCAAGAACUUCGGAGGAUUCGAGAUACUACGGGCGAAGUCAAAUACAUUGGUAUAUCAGGAUACCCUGUAACAGUGCUAUGUGAGCUUGCCGAAAUGAUUCUUCAACGUACUGGUGAACCAUUGGACAUCGUCAUGUCAUAUGCAAAUUUUACUAUCCAGAAUACGAGGCUAAAAAGCGUGGGUCUGCCCAGACUUGAAGCAGCCGGUGUCGGUGUCGUGCCAAAUGCCUCUGUUCUGGGGAUGGGUCUGCUUCGCCGCAUGGGUGUACCAAUCGGCGCUCAGGGUGACUUCCAUCCUUCGCCACGACAUUUACGACAGGUCAUCGCCAGGGCAAGUGAUUGGUGUGGUGUGAGUGAGAACAGGAUCGAGAAAGUCGCCAUCCGCUUCGCUAUUGAGAAUUGGAUGCGAGACGGGUCACCCGUAGGUUCCAAAGGCGAUUCAGCGUCCGGGAUACCAUGGCAACGGGAAAAGGUCUUGCCUGAAGCGCCAAAGAUUGGAGUGAGCGUGAUAGGCGUUAGCAGUAUUGAGGAGCUCGAUGAGACAAUGCGAGUUUGGAGAUCCAUUCUUGACGGACUUGACAAUGGUGAACACACUGCAGUUGAAUCAGGUCGUGGGACCCAGGAUCGUGACUGGAGCUUGAAACGACAAAAGGAGGUUCAACAACUCGCACAAGGAAUCCGACAAAUACUGGGGGAUUAUGUCGACUUCGCUUGGCAAAGUCCUCCGCUGAACUUCCAGAGGGCAGGCGAUAUGUCAUCAGCCGUUGCAUCAUUACCUACUCCGGCCGCCAGCCCAGACAGUCGUGCUCUGGGCCUCAAAACAGAAGAUCCUAUAGGAAGUCAGACUAUGGAAGAGAUAUAA